UGUCAAGGUGGCAGUUGUAAAGAGUGUGUAACCGUUGUUCCCGGAAAGCCUCAGGCACAAAUAGGCACACAUUAUUUUACAUUUGAUCAUUUGUAUGGUGGAAACUGGUCUCCCUCAGCUGCCAUGUUUGAAGAAUGCAUUGCACCACUGGUUGAUGGUUUGUUCCAAGGACACAAUGGUACAGUUCUUGCAUAUGGCCAGACAGGAUCUGGGAAAACAUAUACCAUGGGGACAGGAGCGAAAGAUAGUUGUCGAACAGGACUCAUUCCCCAAGUUAUGAAUCCACUAUUCAAUAACAUCGAGAUGUUGAAUCAUAAAACUGAAUUUCAGUUGCAUGUGUCAUUCAUUGAGAUUCUAAAAGAAGAAGUGAAGGACUUGCUGGAUUCAACAUCUAAUAGCAAAUCAGACACUGUCAAUGCUAAUGGACAUGCUAGCAAAGUUCUGAAGGAAAGAAUUUUUUGGCCCGAGGCUACCAAUGAGGAACUUUCUCGUGAACUUCAUGAAAACCACAGUAGAUGUGCUGUUGUAGAGCAGUGUGAAUCGAAUGCUAAAGAAGGCCACAUCUGUAUUGGUAAAAGAGAUGGACUAAGAGGAGCUUGCAGAGUAUGGAUUCAUCUGAUUAUCCAACGGAUGAAACAAGUGACAAUUACAGGAAACUUGAUGAUGCCAAAGAGUGGGAAGAUACACUUUUGCAAAAUACUAUGGGCAUAUAGUUGUAUGAGUUAA